AGAGGAGUUGGUGUAUUAGUUCGUGGUCAGCUGCACACCCAGCAGAGGAGCUUAGGGGCGUAGUUUUGGCUUCUCAUGGAAACCUUUUCGGUGGUUUCGGUGGUUUCACUGCAGACCCUUUGACAUGCCAGAGCAGGAAAACCACAUUCCACUUGGGAGAUGUCCCGGUAAUGGUGCCUGCUGGCUGCAGGGCACAGCUCACUGGGACACUUAGUCGAACUGAACCAUCUUUAAUGUUUUUAGUUUCACCCGCGCUUUUUCCUGCUACGAUGAGUCUGUCAGGGUUGUGGUCGUUGUUGUUGUUGUUUUUUUGGCAUUUUUCUCAACAGACAUUUUGAGUAGGAAAAGUUAGUUACUAACAACAUUAACAAUGGCUCCGUUCUAUUCAAAUGUCCUGAAAAUCCAAUUCAGCCAUCAUCCGUCUUGUUAAUUACACCUGUGCUUUCGAUGUAACAACUCACAAAGUCCGGUGCGAAAGACGGACUAUAAAUCUGAACGGCUGUAGGUGAAAGGUUCAGGUUUUAUUGCAUCCGAUCCGCGACCAAUUAGGCUUCCGAAGGUUAGUCGCGGUCACCUAAGACACCUAACCGCGAGGGUAAAAAUCGUAAACAGCAUCGUUUGCCGAAGGAGCAGCCACAGUAUAUUUGAAAUAUUUCAACAGCAGUGAAGCACAAGGUUGUACACGGGAAGCGGGGGAACUACUUUAAAGGACUGGGCUAUAAAAUGCUACUGGACUGAUUUCCGCUGAUUUAUUUUUAUUUUUAUUUUUUAUUUAUUUUUUUUAUUUUUUUUAGCUAGUGGAGUUUUGUGUGACACCCUAUAGUCUUGUUAAAAAAUAAAUAAAUAAAUAAAUAAAUAAAUAAAGCUGUAAGGUUUAAAGGCUCCGAGCAGUUUAAACUCCACGUACUUGACCUUCACCGGCGGACCAAUCCGAAGUCACCGUGCGUUACCGUGGCAACGAGCCGUCGCCGUGGUUGCGCUGACAACGUCUCGUGGGCCAGGUAAGAAAGUUAGUUUUGUUUCUUUCGUUGCUAGUUGGCUGUUUUUUUUGAGGGACUUUGCUCAACUGUAGAAACACCCCGUUUUCUAAUUAUCUCGGUAUCUCAAGCAGUUUUAGGAACAGGCGCUGAACUGCGUCGAGUGUAACGUCUUUGGUUUACUACUGACGGGUUUCAACUUCAGUCAUAACAAGGUUAGUGUAGGUUGACUAACCAGCUAACUCUGCUCGUCCCAGGAUUAGCAAUGUUAUUCAUUAUUGUUAUGGAGGAUAAAUCACGUAAAGUAUAAUGCGAUUUACAUAGAAAUGGACUUUAAGUCAAAACAAGCCGAAUUACCGUGUUUUUGUGAGGUUUGGUAAGAUUUUUUUUUGUACAUUAACCUUAAUCUGCACUAGACAGAGCCAUCGAAAAGAUCUUACCUGUGUAUUAUUUCAUUAUGACUUGCUGAAUUUCGUUAUAAAACACAAGAAAGUGGAGCAAUAAAAGUAAGAUUUUUCAUUUUUCAUAAGAUGUCUCGAUACCCAGGGAUAAUAUUACAUAACAUAUAUUUAGAUAACUAGUUAUUGAGAAAGCAGUUCUUUGUUUCCACACAGCUUUUCUCAAAACGCUGUUAAGUUCUUCUGCGAUUAAUUUGAUAAUUUCCAUGUUCAGAGAGCAUUAUAAGUAUUAACCAGUGCAUCCAGGUCUAAGAUGGUGGUGUUAACUACUUCACAGCUAGGAUUAUAAUCCUUAUGAAGACCUUGCUAAUUUCAUGUACAUCUCUAUCUAAUGUUAUAAAGCCGGAUCUUGUUUUUGUAGUGUUGCUAAUUUACAAUGAAGGAUGCUUGGUUAACCUAUUUGUUUUUUCCUUCCAGAAUUUCCACAGUAAAGUCCGAAUGUAGAUCGACAAGCUAAAGGUUGUGGUAUGUAAGCCUACUGACGGUAUUCAUAGAGAGAUUGACAGCAUGUUCGCUGCAACUUCAGAGGAAAGAUCCCGUAAUGUAACUGCUCAGACCUGUGGUAAAGAUAUUACUAGGUCUGGACCCAAGGUUAAGAAAAAGGCCCGCUCUCCUGAAGUGACUUUACCACCUCUAGGCCCAAAGCCACCUUCUCUCUCAGCAGCCUUUUUGGCCAGGCCCCUGUUCAGCCCUACCCCCAUCCUCCAAAAUGUCCCCUCUGACAGACCUUUAUCAGUGGUGGAACUUCCUCGUCUUAUAGCUCAAGUAGGACCUGGGAGAGCCACGGAUGACACCAAAUGGACAGAAGGACCUCGGCUAACUGCCUCAGCAUUAGGGACCGACAUCCCUAUCAGAACUGCUGCUGAGUUGAAAGCAAAAAGUCUUACAGAGAGAAAUGAAUCAAUAAAAGUUACAGCAUGUAAGGAUGAAAAGAUUACGACUGCAAAAGAUCGGAAAGCUGCCAAACCAAAUCAGUUUCCUCUCACUGGUACAGAAAUUGUUCAAAUGUUUGCCCAGAAAAGACAUCUGGCAGAACUGAAGCUUUAUUACCUGAAAGAAGUGGAUGGGGACACUUACAGACCCUAUGACCUACAAGUUGUCCAUUCCAGUGAAGCUGGCACUGAGCACUACAUCUUCUCCCCUAAUUCUGUACUACAUGUGACAGAGAGGGGUUAUGGUGGACUUGUCAGUCUGGCAGAGUGGUACAGAGAGUCUGUGUUGUGGACAGCUUUGCAGGAAAUCCAAUUUUUCAGGGACUUCAGACUGCGGAAAGCUUUCACCUGGUGGCAUAGAAAUGUGCACAAGAUAUUUUUUCAGCGCAGGUGUGAGAAUCUGCAGAACAUGCUGCUUAUAGCUGUACCUCAGUUCAGAAGUGCUCUUCAUCUGCUCACCAGACUAAUUGAGGAUCUGAAGGAAAAACACUGGCUGCCACAGGAGGACUCUCAAACUUACAAAUUGCUGGAAUUCAAGAAUGUACUGAUAGCCAAGAAUCAAGAGUGUCUGCAGAUUCUGGAGAAGUUAUCACAGUAUCGCACUGUCAUCCUAAAUGCGGUGAAAGAGAACAGCUAUAAGGCACACCAGGAGCUGCAAUUGCACAUAGAAUAUGCUAAAAAGCCAAAUAAAAGCUACGAACCCAUUUACCUCCAUCUGGCUCACCAGCAGGAGCUGAAGAAAGAAUUGGCUCGGACUGAAAGUAUGUUGCAGAAAUUGGGGAACUUUGCUUCUCUCAUCAAUCAAAUGAUUGUGCAGAGCCUCGUCACGAUCAUCAGACAAGAUGUUAUUUCUUUUCUCAGCAACGUUCUGAAGGGAAAGAAAUCUCAGCAGUGCGGUCUCUUCCAAACUGAGCUGUGUUUUAGCGCUGGUAGUCAGCUGUCUGUGGACCCACCAAUACAUCUGUUCCAAGAGGCAGUGAGUGAAGCACUCCUGACUGUUGGCGACUCCAUUAUUCAGAUGUGUGACACUUGUGGAUUCUUCCUGGAGAUCAGCAGCAAUGGCUUAAGCUCUGAUUUUGCUCAGGAUUUAACUCCUGACCUCAGUUGUAUUGAACAUCCUAGUAUUACAGGCGAGAAUAAGAACAGCGAAGGGAUUUCUGGUCGCAGGAAGUUUUGCUGCUGGCAAUUGCUCAGAGACCUGUCAGCUAACUGGCUGGUGCUGCCAAAGCGAACCCUGCUAACGGUGCAGGGCAACAUGGUGCAUGGCAACAUGGUGCAUGGCUGCUACUAUCCUCUUUCCAAGACAAAGCUGGAGUGGCAGAUCAGCAUCAAUGACUUUUCAAAACAGGUUGAGAGAGAGCAGGCCAAGAUCAUGCAGGAAGCUGAACUAGAAAUCCAACAGUUGUGUGAGCACUACAAAUGGUUGGUGGACAUUAAUUUGUUCAUUAGUCAAUGGAGUCGAGCCUCUGUGGAAUCCAUGAAGGGUCAGCCUGCUUUAAGCUAUGAGGAGCACAUUAAAAUGAUGCGCCAUUGGGCUGAAAGAAUCAACACAAUUCCUUCUUCAAUCUCUACCUCCAACCAACUGUUCGUAAUCCACUGCACCGACACAAAGGAAACUCUAGGGCAACAACUGAGGUUCAUUGAGGAGGAGGUGCUAGAGCAGCUAGUUGAGCAGAUAAGGCUGCACUCAGAGAGCCUUAUAUCAGACUUGGAGAGGGCUACAGUUGAACUCAAGACAGAACCGCAAGACUUACAUGACCUCUCAAAAUAUGCUCUUAUGGUGAGGGAGUCUGUGAAAAUGUUGGCAGACAUGCAGAAACGGAUGGAGUACAUUCACUCUCUCCGGAACACUAUUUGCAUGAACCAUAGAAAGAUGACUGAGCAGGAGCAGAGUUUGGAAAAAAAGAUGCUGGGCUUGUGGGAUUGCUUUAUACCCCUCUUGAGGGAAGGAGACAGCAUUGUAUGCCAACGUCUUCCUUCAAUGGCUAACGCACUGGACACAAUGUUCUCAUUUUUGGUCUGUGACCUUAAAAAUAUCGUCUCUAAAGCUACAUCUGGACCCUUCCUUGACCCAACCCAAAAUGCCAAAGAGAUGGUCUCCAAACUGAACAAAAUGUGUGCACAUGUGCACAGUCUAAAUGCAAAACUCGAACAACUUGACAGGAAGAGUCAAGACCUACAAGAACAUACAAUGGAUCUGACCAUUUUGACACUGGAUAUUCAGAAGAUCAAAGCCUGUAAAGAGCUAUGGGAGCUGAUAGCUGUGUACUCAACAUGGAUGGAAGAAUGGAAACAGCUGCUUUUCAGUGAGGUUGUGGUCUCACAAGCUCAGGAGAAAAUUGCCAAGUGGAAGGAGCAAGCUCUGUCUCUAACAAGUAUCAUACCUACCCAUGAUGCCGUGCUGCAAGAGACUUUAAGAGUCCUGGAAAGCUUAAGUCAUCAGCUUGCAGUCAUGGCCAAGCUACAGAGCCCAACACUCAGACAUAAACACUGGAAAGCUAUUUUUGAAGGCUUGGGCCUACUGUAUGUCCCAGAAAAGAAGGUGACUGUUUCUGAACUGAUGUCUCAGCAACUUGAAGUUCAACAGAAACAAAUUACUAAGAUAUGCAGGGAUGCACAAGCAGAGUACAACAUUGAGGAGACCUUCCAAAAGCUUCAGCAAGGAUGGAAAGCCAGACUUUUCCAUCUGGAUAAAUUUACUUGCCCUGUUUGGCACCAUUGUGAGCUACAACGUGGAUUAACAGGGACAGAGAAGCCCACAGGGGACACUGCUUUAAAUCUCCAAACUGCCUGUCAACACUCCUGUAAUGAUGCAAGACUCACCAUCAUUGGUUUGGAAAUACACUUUGCUGAGAUAGAGAAUGAUUUGAUGACUCUGUCCACCAUGCUGAAGUCUCCAUACAGUUUUGAGUUCAGAUGGCAGUUGGAAGAUUGUCUGCAAUCACUGCAGUGUCUCGAGAAGCUGCUUGAUUUAUUUGAAAGAUACCAGCAACUAUGGGCCUUCCUGACAAACAUGUUUAAGGAAACAUUCUUAAGUGUUCAAAGAGUGGAUCUGCUGGAGCAGUUCCAACCAGUUGAUAAGACAUUUAAGGAAAUUAUGCGCACUAUAUCAGCCGAUCCUCAUGUGUGGAACUUUGUUAAUUGCAAGAAGACGAAUGACAAAUUUCAUGGCAAUAGUCUCUGCCAGAUUCUCAUUGAUGGUCUGUCUACAAUGGAAGCUAUUUCCAACCAGAUGGUGGAUCUGCUGGAUGCCCAGUGGGAACAGUUUCCAAGACUCUGGUUCUUGAGUGACAGAGAAGUGAUACAACUACUCUCCUUUCACCCAACGCCCUUCACACUGCAACCCUUUGUACGGAAAUGCUUUAAAGGGGUACACUGGCUUGAGGUGGAUAGUGAAAUACCAUGUAAUAAGAGAGAUGGAAAGAGCCAUUGGGCUACAUCUGGAAGCCACAGCCAGGUGAAGGUGCUGGGUGUUUUCGCCCGCAUCCAGGAGCACAUUACCUUUCUGUCUCCUUUAGAACAAAAUCCCAACGCCUUGGUUUGGUUAAGUGUCUUUGAGAAACAAUUAAAGCUGACAAUGGUACAGCUCAUGAAACGAUGUGCUAUUGUACAAAACCAGCUUCAACCAUCCAGUCAAGAUUUGGCAUGUGACAAGAAAGUUGGAGACAUCUUGCUUCACAUUGCUAGUAGGAGAAAAAAUAUACAACCUGUGCUGGAUCUGCUGUCUGAAUACCCUCUCCAGUGUCUGCUGGUGGCUGAGGAGGCAGUAUGGUGCAGUGUUGUUCUACAAGCUUUCCAAGAACCAAACACAGUGAAGCUGAGCAACAUAAAGGCAUACAACUCUGCAAAACUGAAAAACCUUGGCCGUUCAAUAAGGGAUGGAAUCACAGGGGCUAAAAGUGAAUCUCUGGUUUCUAAGUACAUGAUGAUGUGUCUGCGUGCUUUAGUGCAGCUUACAAUGAAUCAAGCACAUCAGCUAUCUCAACUCAUGGAGGUACAAUGUGUGCUGGAGUCAUCUUUUGAGUGGCUAAGUUUGAUCAAGUAUCAUAUAAAGUCAGAAGAUCAGAGUCUGAAAGGCAAUGAUGAUCCAGCAUGUUAUGUGGAUGUUUUGGACCAGCGCCUCCGAUAUGGCUAUGAGUAUUUUGGUCCAGAAGACUUGGUGAUGGUGCAUACUCCCUCCACAGAUCGUGCAAUAUUGGGGAUUCUACUUGCUCUGACAAGCUACAGAUGUGGGUUUGUGAGUGGACCUUGCAUGUCUGGAAAGAAAAAGACUGUGGUCCAGUUAGGAAAAGCACUGGGGCGGCAGGUUGUCAUUAUACAGUGUUUUCCAAGCAUGAGACCUGGUGUUGUUCAGCAGAUGCUGUUUGGCGCCCUCCAGACUGGAGCAUGGCUUCUGCUGGACUCUGUGGACUUGCUAACACAAGGGAUUCUGUCGUCACUGGGACAGCAUCUGGAAGACAUUCACCAGUCCUUCUGUGGGUUAUCAGGAAGUAGGAAUCAAAGAGUGAAUGACGAGCCAAAAGACAGGACUGCUGAUGGGGUCAUAGGUUGCACACAUAUUGUUGAUCUUGCAGGGAAAAGCAUUUCUGCUAACCUCAACUAUGCAUGUGUUCUCAUCUCAUCAAAGGGGUAUACAUCUGAGGUUCCAGAGAGUCUGCGAUGUGCAACGAGACCAGUUGCGUUAACCCAUCCAGAUUACAGGAUCAUUACAGAAGUAAUGCUGACUUCCAUAGGUUUCUCAGAGGCCAUGUCUUUGAGUUAUCGUCUGGUGUCUCUCAUCAGCCUGGCCAAGGAUUCCUGCUGUUUGCCUGAUUUCAUCACUGAUGACCAGAGCUGCUUUCUUGUUGUCUUGCAAAAGAUCAUCUCUGCCUCUGAAAUACACUUAAAACAAAGUGUAUGGCAACGAGAAAUUUCAGACGAGUCUAAAGAAUUGGCUGCAGAGAAAACUGAUCUCAUGUCUUCUCAAAAUGUGCCUGCCAGAGUUGUUGAGAAGGAUAGUAAAGAAUCUGAAAAGCCUUCUAGGUUGUGCUGUUCUCAUUUGUCAAUUAUACAGGGCUUAAUGGAGGAAACAGCCAUUGUCAAAGCAAUUCUUUCUGUCUUAUUACCUGUUAUUUAUGACCACAACAAAGCCUCACAGUUCCACAUCAUUUUCAAGGACGCAUUCCCUAUAGCAUGCCAGUUUCCUCUUUUCCAACGGUAUAUUGAGGAAGAAGAAAAGAACCAACUUAGAGAUGCAGUUGCAGAAGAAUUACAAAGGCAACGUUUUCACUCUGACACAGAAAUAAUUUGCACCGCUCUUACACUAUACCAGACUAUGAAAUUCUCUCAGGCAGUUCUGCUUAUAGGCUCCUCAGGUAGUGGAAAGACAACCUGUUACACUGCUUUAGCUGGAGCACUCAAUAGUCUGGCUGCAAAGGCAAUGGAAUAUGUGUUUGAAAAUGAAAAUAUGAUUAAAGGAAAUGCCCCAAAGGCAGAUCGACAGAUCUCUGCUUCAAUCUGGAACUCCGUUGACAUUGUGGUUUUUUUUCCUAAUGCCAUGUCCAAUGAUGAGGUAUUUGGCUGCUUCUGUGGAAAGAGAGGAUGGCAAGAUGGAGCUGUUCCAAAGUUGCUGAGAGUUUCAGAACGAUGGGAACACACAAGUUGUAAACGGUGCAACAGUAAAAAGAAAAGUGAUCAGACGCCAGUAGUGAAAUGGCUGGUAAUGGAUGGGGAGCCAUUGGGGCAGCCCGGCUGGUUAGAUUACUUAACCACACUGUGUGAUCCUGAGGACCCAUUUCUCUUCCUUUCAUCAGGUGAAACACUUGUGCCAUCCCAAUCAUACUUAAAGCUACUUAUGGAGAUCACAGACCUCAGUGAUGCCAGCCCCUCUGCAGUGACCCGCUGUAGCCUUGUUCAUUUCUCAGGAACUGAUCUGUGGAGAGCUGUGUGGAAGAGUGAAAUGGAUGCUCUCGACUGUGAACACAGACUGCAUCAAGGGACCUUGACAGUAUGGAAUCGUCUAGCUGAAGAUCUGUUCUCCAGUACUCUUAGUUUGCUUAGGCAGAAGGCUUUAACCUCUGCAAUCCAUUGUAAAGGAGAAUCUUUUAAAAACGCCAUGUAUGGUUUGCAAGAAGUCAUGUCCUUUGUUCGGAUCCUACGUGCCCUCCUACAACAUUUUGCGAAGGAGGUAGAAAGAGCUGAGGCAAUACAACAAAGAAACAAAAUAGAUAUACCUCUACAUGGAACCGACACACUGGGCAUAGAUGCCAAGAGUAAACGGGAGCUGCUUGUCAGAAACCUUUUUCUGGUGGCUUAUGUUUGGGGAUUUGGUGGACAUCUGCAUCCUGUCCACUGGCCACAGUUUGAGUUGCUAGUCCGCCAAGUGCUGUUCACUUGCCGGUACAAAAUUGUGGUUCCUGACGAAGAGAGUGUGUUUGAACACUUUUUUAGCAUCAGCACUAAGAUGUACCCCAAGAACACACCGUUGACAAAUUCCAUCAUUCCCAAGUAUGGGAAAUACACCUAUCUACUGAACAUCAUGUUGGAGGCAAACCAGCCAGUGUUGCUCGCAGGAGAGCCCGGUUCUGGAAAAACCAGCCUGUGCCAAACUUUGCUGAGUUUUGACAAGCCUCACAUUAGCCUACCAGCCAGUCCACUCCUGAGCUCCAGAGACCUACGCACUAUACUAAAUAACAUAAGCUGCCACAAGUGCUGUAAAGAUACUGUGGGUGCUGUGACAAAACAGCCGAGACUGCUUCUGUUUGUGGAUGAUUUGCAUGAAGCCCCCGGUGAUGCCUAUGGGAAGACAUCGACUGCUCUAGAAUCACUACGACAGAGUAUUUCAAAGGGAGAGAUUCUAACAUUUGAUUCCUACCACUUCAAGUUAUUGAGUUCUGGAAGCAUCAGCUACAUGGCUACCUGUUGUGUCUCUGGAUUGGGCAAUCACCAGAGUAAUGUGAUAUCCUCCCGGCUCUCACGCCUGUUCUCCAUCUUUGUUCUCCCUAGCCUAUCUAUAGACGUUAUAUUGUCUAUCCAUUCUCCUAGGCUACAGGUCUGGCUCAAAGAAAUGCCACUUAACCAGAGCAGUGAGGAAAUGUCAUGUUGUAUCAUCACUGCCACUGAAAAUCUGUAUCACGCUGUAUGUGACAAUUUCCAGCCUACUGUGCAGAGGCCCUAUUUCAUAUUCUCCCAUCAUGAUCUGCAGAAGGUGUUUCAGGGGAUGUACCUGUGGCGGCCUACCAUCCCAAACACAGGGACAAUGCAGAAAAAGGUGUCUGCACUACCAGGCUUUCUGCCAGUCCUGCCAGAGCCUGCAGCAUCAGUUCUUAACAUAGCACAUCUCUGGAUGCAUGAGUGCAUGCGUACUUUUAGCGAUAGGUUAUGCUCAGAGGAUGAAAGCAAAACUCUUGUGUCACUCAUAGCCAAAGUUGCAACAGCACACUAUGGAAUUAGAUUGGCUGAUAGUAAAAAUGUCCCAACCACUGUCAAAAGCCUUGCUAUUCACACACUACCCACGGACACAGCAGGCACCUGUAAGCAAAUAGGUCAGAGUCCAGAUACACUAAGUCUGCCACAAGAGCCGAAAUCAGCCGGCCCGUCAGACCUGAAGAAAGACUAUACAUUGACUGAAUCUUCCCUUCUGUCUGAAAAUAAUUGUUCAGAAGAGGCAAGCCUAAAAACUCACCCUCUACGGCGCCAGAUUCUUCAGCAUAUGGAGAGUAUAAUAUCUAGGCUUGUAUAUGCUCCUGAGCUUUUAGAGGCCUUGAGUUCAAUGGAUCAGCAAAAGAAUUUCAAGUGUAGCUCUUGUUACAAGGAGCAGGACCUUGAUGCGCUACUGCAGAAGCUUCCUACUCUCAUGGACAGAAAAGAAGAUCACAUAGAACAUGAAACUGAUAAUUUAUACAACAUUACAUCCAAAUACAUUGUACACAGAAAGAGAAUGAGUCAGCUGUUACAUAUCCUCAGGGCUUUGCUCAUACCUGGUGGUCAUGGAGUACUGAUUGGCUCAGACAGAGGCACAGGCCGUAAAACCACUGUGCGUUUAGCCGCCUACCUUACAGGUUACCACUUGAUGGAGGUACAUUCUGGUAAUGAGAACAAGUUGCAUGAAAUCCUAAAAAAGGCUGGAAAUCGAACUAGAGUGGAUGGAGGUGACGUUAUCAUACUGGUUCAUGAAGAAAUCAGUAAGAAUGUUAGGGAAGAACUAUUGGUGGCAAUGGCCCAUAGAACCUACCCAGCGCUCUACACAGAAGAGGAGCUGAGGAACCUUGUUUCCAGAGUGACGGCUGUGAGCAACUCAAGAAAAUAUCUAAUGGACAGUUGGAUGUUUGAUAAGUACUUGAGCCAAGUCCACAGAAAUGUCCAUGUGUUCCUUCUGAUGUCUUGCAACGUGUCAGACACAAGCAAAAUGCCUGCCAACAAUGGAACCUAUUGUACGAAUGAUCAGAUGAAGAAGGCCCUGAGCCUCAGCUGCUGCAUUGAUGUGUAUCAGCUGUGGUCCAGCCAGUCAUUAGUAGAAGUUGCUGUCCAGUACCUGAAAACCAGUCCCCACAAAAUGAAGAGCGAAGGCUCAGAGGCCAGCCUGUCUGUGGCUAUGGCAGGAAUCCAUCAGUCUGCAUGUCAGUAUGCUUCUGUCCUUCUAAGAGCCCGGCCUUUCAGCCCUCGGUCUUACAUGGAGUUCAUUGCCCACUUUGGUUACCUCUGUAACCACCUGCAUAAACAAUGGCAGGGCCAAGCCACCCGAGUUGCCUCUGUUCUGUCUCAUAUGGAUGUCUUGAACAACACAGCUUUGCAGUACAAACAACACUUAAAAAGACUGAUAGAGGAGGUUGCUGAGACACAGCAGCAUGAGAAAGUGCUCCUCAGAGCUGUAGCUGACCAGAAAAGCCUGCUUGAAGAAGUUCAGGAGAAAUGUGUGGUAGCGGAGAGCAGGCUGUCUCACCUGGAAGAGCAGAUUAAUCACACUCAGGAACAGGUGAGACCUGUGUUCCUGUCAGGCCUCAAAAUUCUCAAGUGUCUGAAUCCAUCUGACCUGGAGGAGGUGCGCCACUACAGAGAUCCACCUGAUGGAGUGGUGAAAAUCAUGGAUGCUAUCUGUGUGCUGUUUAAUCGUCCACCAGGCUGGGAGAGUGCUAAACAGCUUCUUGGACAAUCCAACUUUUUCCAGGAGCUGGAAUUUUUUGACUGGUACCGCCUGACAAAUGAACAGCUGCAGCAGCUUGGCCAGAUAGUUAACAGUCCCCAGUUUGUGCCAGAGUCUGUGCGAGAGGUGAGCAAGGCCUGUGAGUCCCUGUGUCGAUGGGUCCAGGCUCUAUAUGAGUGCUGCUGUAUGCAACAACGACUGCUGGUCAAGCAGCAAUUGGAGGUGCUGGCCAAAGAGGCGCAGGGUCAAGUGCACGUGGCCAAGCAGCGCAAGGAGGAUGCAUACCAUCGUCUAGAGGAUGUUAAGCUUCAGCUUAAGUUUGUACAAAAGGACCUGGAGGAGCAACUGCUGGAGCUGCACAAAGCUGAAGUCAUAGAAACAGAAGCUACUAGAGUUGUUGGGCAGUUAGAGGCACAUGUCAGAGACUGGAGGGCUGCUGCUCAGGAGGCAGAGCUACAUAACCAAAACUUACAAGGAGAUGCCCUUGUCCUGGCUGCAAUCAUAGCCUACUUAGGCCCCUUUGCACCUGAUAUACGCACAGAACUACUGAGAAAGUGGAGAGAGCUAUGUCAGAUAGGAAGCAUUAACGUGAACCCAAAGGAUCCUAGAACCUCCCUGUUUACACAGUCAGACCCUGCACCUCCUUGCAUCCCUCUCGGUUUCCCCAUCCCUGUGUCUGAGAGGCUGCAGACGCCUCUGGGUCGGGCAUUGGGUAUGAAUGAGUGGCAGCUCAAGGACACUGUAUCUGACAGACUGGUGGUUCAGCUGCUGCUGUGGGGCUACAGAAGUGCCCGGGUUCAGCGCUGGCCUCUACUGGCAGACGUCCAGCAACAUCUAGAGAUAAGCUCUCAGAGCUGGCUCAUCCCAGGGGAGAGUGCCAAGCUUGAGACGGAGAUGGAGUGUGAGAUGGUGGUUUGUGCCGAUGAUCCAGAGCUGCUGGACAAGCUGGACCAGGCUGCUGAAAAAGGUUUGAGAGUCCUGGUAACUCGUGUGGAACGUGCAAUCCCCAGUCCUCAGUUUCUGGCCAUAUUGGCCCCCCCUGCUGGAUGUUGCCUUCCAGGGUUAAAGCAACACGUUCAGCCGAACCACCCUGAGUUUUGCCUUUUCCUCAGCACCAGUCUGCCUGUCCGACUGCUUAGCAGUGAGAUCCAUCCAUCCAUCUUGGCUCUGGUACAUGUACUUGACCUUUCUCUGAGCUCAGAGGAGAUCCAGGAGCUGAUGCUGACACAGCUGCUGCAAUCUGAGUCUAAAGAGCUGCUGAUUCAACACCUACGGCUCCUGAAUGACAAGCAGCUGCUGCAGGAGAAACUGGUCACAGAAGAGGAUGCUCUGAUGGACUACAUCCUGCAGUCUAACCCCUCACUGCUGCAGGACUGUGAUUUUCACCCCCACAUGGCUUUUUGCCAAGAAGCAACAAAGAAACUGCAGGCUGAGAUCCAGCGGCUGAGUGAGGAGCUGGAGUACCACGAGGCUCUAGUGGCUACCGCCCGACAAUUAGUGAGGCUGGCUGCUGCCCUCUACCAGGCUCUGCAGGAGGUAUCCCGUCUUUCCCCUGCCUACUACUUCUCACUACGUGGCUUCAUCACAGUCAUGCAAGAGGCCUUCAUUGUGAAGGGCAGGCCAUUAGUGUCAAAUACCAUUGGGAAAGUGCCAGGGGACAUAAUACCAGAGAUUACUAACAAGAUGGUUGCCCAGCUGCUGGUCCAGUACAGGCCUUGUCUCUUCAAGAGGCAUGUCGCUGUUCUGAAGCUGCUGGUGUCUGUGGCUCUGCUCCAACACAACCAGCUCUGCUCUGAGGGUGAGAGGGUGGCCUUCCUCAGGGGUCUUCAAGACAUAGAACAUCCUGUCUUUAAAGUUAAACCCUGGCUCCCUUCUCAGACUGCCUCACAGUCCACCACUUCUCUGCCCAGCUGGAUACCCACUCAUAUCCAUCCAGAGCUCCUCUGCUUGGAGAAGAUAAGUGCCUUCAGAGGGCUGAUUUCCUCUCUUUCCACUUCCCCCAUACAGUGGCAGGAGUACCUGCACUUCCCUUCCUCCACUGUGACAGGGGCUGUCCCCUGUCGCUCUCACUCCCAUCUGUCCCUGGUACAGCGGGCUCUCCUCUGGAAAACCAUGCUACCCAACUCCCUCGAGGGACUAGCUGAUGCGAUAACUGCCUGCCACCUCUGCAUGCCUGGAAAGACCGUGGGGUCUGAGGCCCCUCACGCUGGGAACCCAGAGUCCCUCUCACGAUACGUUGUCAAACAUGAAGGACCCAUUAUUCUUGCGUUACCCAAUCCAAGAGGAGAUAACUGGACAACUAUUCAGCCUCUUCACUUAAUAAACAAAUUGGCAGACUGUGUGGCAGAAACAAAGGAGGUUCAGGUGAAAGUCAUUUCUUUUGGCGCUCUGUGUGACAGAGGUGUCAUCCUCUCAGCACUGGACAGGGCAGUUAAUGAUGGCCACUGGUUGGUUUUUAACAACUGCCACCUGUUGGAACAAUGGGAUGAGAAAGUAGUGGCUUCUCUCGGUCAGUUGAUCUCUUUCAAAGAGGAAAGAUGCCUGAUUCACCCGUGCUUCCGAUUGUGGUUUAUAACUCAAGAAUAUGCAUUACGCCACAUACCAGCGGUAGUGCAAAUGUGUGCCCUGCCUCUGGUCUGUGACUCUCCGUUGGAUCUUAAGGAGGAGCUGAGUUGCUCCUUGCAACAGGUGGUGUCCAUCAUACAGUGUCAGUCGGUGUUGGGUGUGACAGCAGACAACAUGGAGUUCCUCCUCCGCUGUGCCACCUUCCACUCUGUGUUACUGCAGAGACAGACCUAUAAAUACUUAGGCCAGGGGAGAAUCUACAACUGGAGUCAGGAAGACCUCCUGGGUUUGGUGGACGCACACAAUCGCAUUGCCAAUCUCUGCCAUGACAAGGCUAAAGCUUUGCAGUAUAUAGCAGUCAACCUAGUGCAUGGUGGCCAUGUGCUAGACUCUGCAGAUUUGGAGGUGGUGGAAAGUGUUGCAAAGACCUGCCUCGGCAAAGUGUCACCUCUGUGGGGCAGUGGACUACACAGCCUCUCAAAUAUUAUCAGCAAUCCUGGCCAAUUCGAUUUGUCAGGACUGCUGCAGAUUUUGGAGCAGGGUCAGGAUUCAAAAAACAUCAAUGAGUCCCUCGUGCUGGGCUUUAGUGCAGAUGUGGCAGCUGAGAUAAUCAAGACCAAUAGCCACGAUUUGAACAUACUACUGCAGGCCUCCCAGACUCCUCUAGGAACAGUGAGGAGUCUCCACAAUCAGCUAAACCAGCCCUCCAUACUGCCAGCCUACAGCCACGCUAGAGACAGACUGCAGGCUCUGAGGAGUUACCUUGCAAGCAAGAACGAGAGCAGACUUACAAAUGCAGUAGCUAUGUCUCACCGUUCCCUGUGUGACUUCCUCCAGGCUGAGUGGGAAGAUCUCAUUGAUUUGGUGUCCUCGCUCCUCUCGCAGCUCCAACAGCCUGUUCAAUACAGCACACUGACCUUUGCUUCCCUCCUCAAGCUCACUGACUUGUCUCACUUGGAGAGGAGGGCAGAGUUGCUCAGGGCUUAUCUCUGGCAUUAUAACAUUUCAGAUCCACCUGGUGCAUACCGACUAUCUGCUUUCAGAAAUGUCAGAGGCUUUCUGGUGGCAUUGAUGAGAGAGGCUGCUCAAGUAAAUCGCAAAUAUAUCAGUGAUAUAAAACUGCAUUUUCAGGUUCUGAGUGAUAGCACAUACCCAGCCUCACUUCCCCUAAAUGCUGUGUAUAUUUGUGGCCUGGAGCUUAGAGGGGCAUCGUGGGAUACACAGCUAGGAGCCCUACAGGACACAGUCUCCCUGCAGCCAUGCUCACUACCCCUUGUUUGUGUCAAGGCUCAAGUCAGGAGCACAAAUACUGCCCGACAUCCCUUCCCUUGUAAAAGUUCAUAUGUAAUGGACGCCAGUAAUGUUCAAGCCUCAGAUGCUUCUCCAUCAACUGCCUCUCAGUUACCAGUCUACCACUGCCCACUCUAUCUAGAUGAAGAGCGGGAGACAGGAGACUGGGGGCUGGCAGAUGUUAACAUUAUCACUAAGGUUCCCCUUCAUGCCAGGCUAAAUCCUGUGUUGUGUAGUUUGAGAAGGGUAAGGCUAGUGAGUAUGCUCUGACUAAACCAACCUGGAUUUAUCUGCUGUGAUGCACCUAACUGAUGUUAAAAUGCACUGAUGCAGUAGCACUUGAGAAAGCUUGUAUAUAUCAUUAGGACUAAAGCUCAUAUGAAUUUAUGUGAAUCCUCAAAUGAAUUUACAGUUACUGUAUAAUGUCUGUUUAUACAUUAUGUUUUGUAAUGCUUUGAAUUUUGUUUUUCAUUAAAAUUGUUAUCCAAUGUCAUGUAGGCGGUUUGUAGCAUUUUGUCUAAUCCAGCUGGAUCUCACAAAGCCCAAAAGACUGGAGUUCCUAUUUGAACAAAAUGUGUCUUAAUUUAUCGAGAGGCUUUUCAAAUGUGAUAUCAGCGCAGAUUAAAAAGAAACUUAAACAUGUAUGUUUAAGCACUGACAAAGAAAGCAAAUACACCAAAAACCCUCAACUAAAUCUACAGCUAGAAAGCCUUUCAACAGGCUAGUUUCCUCAGGCCUGGGGUGUGCAGCAUAUUGG